AUGGCGUCCCAAGACAUUAACGGACUGCUCGAGCAGCUCGAGUCAGUUGCAGCUUCACCUCCACAAGAUCCGGAACUGCAGCUACGCCUCUACAGUGCCGCUCAGAAACUUAGCCUGGCUGUGGAAGCUCCACUGGACACGGUCUAUAGGGUGAUCUACUCUCCCAUGCUUCUAAGCAGUGCUCAGACCGCAACGUAUAUGAAGAUUUUCAGCACGCUUACAGAGAAAGGGACACCAUGUACAGUGGAAGAGCUAGCCGAGCCCACAGGGGCGGACGUAGUCUUCACCGCUCGUAUUCUCAGAUUUCUUGCAUCCCAUAGCUUGAUAUCGGAAGUUGCGGAAGACACCUUUGAGGCCAACAGGCUCACAAGGACCUUAAGCGUAAAUGCUCAUCGCGCAGGGAUGAAUCAAACCUUUCAAACCAUCGCCCCGGCCGUCAUCAAAGCCCCCGACUUUUUCAGGGACACCGAAUUCCGAAACCCGGACAAUAACGUCAAGACCCCCUUCCAGAUCGUUAAUAACACAGACCGGCCGGCAUUCGAGUGGGCACACGAGCACCGCCCCGAGCUCAUCGCCGAAUUCGGCCUGUGGAUGACUGCGCUACGUGGACAGCAGACUUGGUUGGACGUGCUCGACUUCGAGUCUCUCAUCAAAGGCAGCGGGGCAGAGGCCGCCGCCAUCACACCCGAAACGCCAGUUUUCGUUGAUGUUGGCGGGGGGAUCGGAAGCCAGUGUGCCAUUCUCAAGUCCAAAUUACCGAAUCUGCCCGGGCGCGUGAUCCUGCAGGACCUUCCCGCCGUCAUAGAACAUGCGCUUCCCACAGAGGGCGUGGAGGUUACCGCCCAUAACUUCUGGACCGAGCAGCCAGUCAAAGGAGCAAGGGCUUAUUACUUCCGGACCAUUCUCCAUGACUAUCCCGAUGAGAAGUGUCUGGCCAUCCUGGAAAACACCGUCGCUGCUAUGGGGCCAGACUCUUUCAUCCUGAUCGACGAUAUCAUCAUUCCAGACAAAGGAGCGCACGCGCGUACGACGGAGAUGGACUACAUUAUGAUGACAACCUUGGCCGCUAUGGAGCGGACACGGAAGCAGUGGGAUAACUUGCUCUCUGCUGCUGGCUUGGAGGUGGUCCAAAGACUAACUUACCUGGAUGACACAGCCGAGAGCAUCCAGGUGGUCAUACCAAAGGGUCGGAAGGAAGCUUGA